AUGCUGGAGCCGGCAACGUGGCACGGCAAUGCUGUGCCGAAAAGCAAAUGCGGCGCUCGUUCAAACAGUUUGAGCAGCCUUGGCCGUGGUUCCUGCGAACCCAGGGCUCCCAGGUUGAGCCUUCUCAUACGCCGCGAUGCUGGGCUUGAGGAUCCACCAAGGACGUCGGAAGGCAUUGAUCACAUAUUGCAAACGAUGGAGGUUGCAUGGCGGCAAGUGAACACUGCUCGUGGCAGCACGGUCAAGUUGGCCAACCCAGAGCACAAUCUGUUGGUGAGCUUGGAAUGCGCGAGGGACUUCAUGCUGGGCCUUCUUACAGAGCCGGACCCUGGACGGCAACGCCUAGCGGAGAUUUUUGGAGGUGAUUGCAGCAGAAUUGCGCGAGUCAGGGCAAUUCUGGAUGGUGCGACUCUUUCUCAUAGAAAUUGCACCGACGAUCGCAUCUCAUCUUGCAUGAGCGCCGUGAAAUCGGUAGAAGCUGUGCUGAAGAAGGACUGUGGUGUUGGUCGGCGGUUGUCAGAGGCCCAGCAGAAAGAGCUGACACGAUUGCGCGAGCGACAAAGUCGGCCUUGCGUGCUCUUCGCCCGUGGGAACUGUCAAGCUGGUUGGGAUUGUCUCUACUGCCAUCAUGCAGAGCAUCGCGACGUGUUUCGCCCGGAGAAGCGUCUUCGGAAGAAGUUGCAGCAAGUGAACGUUCCCGGCAGGCUGCUCCUCUUGCGCAAUUGCUUGGAGAUCAAAGCUGCCAGACUGCCGCGUGAGCUUCCUUCUAUUCAAGCACUUCGCGACGUGAUUGAAGACGCCUGGGCCAUUGCAGACCAGCAUGCAGCCACGGAUGUGCGCUCUAUCCAGAGACAGCUGUCCGCGCUACCGAUUAGUGCCUUGCUCGGCCACCAGGUGAUCGGUCCGCGCAGUGACGAGAAUUGUCAACUGGAGAUGAUAGAAACGUGGAAUUCCAAUCGCAAGCGCCGAGACCGAGCUGGCAGAAGGAACACGAGACAGUUCUGCGACAUGCUCACGUCGCAGCACAUUGAAGUCGGCUCGACCGAUUGGGACGACACUGUCAAAGAUGGAGCUGUCAGCACAACUUCGGACACACCCCGGGCACAAAGUCUCGACAAGCCGCGAAGCUUUGAAAGCGCAUCCGGCAAAUCAGCCAGAGUCCACCUCGACUCCCUGGGAAUGGAAGAUGUGACGCUGGAGAGUCCACUAUUGGGCGAAGUUGGGGAGCAAUCCGCCGAAGGGGAUCCUGGCGCUAACCCCGCACCUGCUCACUUGGACUUCGUGCCUUCGCACAGCGGCGUGGCCGAAACCACGGCAGCUGCAGACGAGACUGGCGGCAGCCUCUCCACCGAGUCCAACGACCGUCCUGCGCCCGGUUCCUUCAAGCAGACGCCUGAAUGCGACAGUUUGCAGCCUUUGCUGCCAGCAGAAUCUGACGCAGAUCGGCGCCAGGUUGGCCAGGCAAGGCAUUUCCAGUCCAGGUAUGGUGUCGAUAUGUCUGAAGGCAUGUUUUCGAGCUUGGCAUGUAAUACUCAUAUUUUAUUUCGGCAGACUUGUGCCAAGGGUAGACCAACUUUUUCCCCUCACUUGAUCUUCCCCUUCAUUCUGCUUCUGCUAAAGAACAGCUUUCUCUGCCCGGAGGAUGUUGCCAUGGAAGCUGGUGCUCCCAACGCCGAAACUGGUCAGUCUCAGAGUGAGACCCCAUCAACAUGGGUUGAAGACGAGCCGGAUGCUGUGGCAGUCGGCUCGACUGAUUGGGACGACACUGUCAAAGAUGGAGCUGUCAGCACAACUUCGGACACACCCCGGGCACAAAGUCUCGACAAGCCGCGAAGCUUUGAAAGCGCAUCCGGCAAAUCAGCCAGAGUCCACCUCGACUCACUGGGAAUGGCAGAUGUGACGCUGGAGAGUCCACUAUUGGGCGAAGUUGGGGAGCAAUCCGCCGAAGGGGAUCCUGGCGCUAUCCCCGCACCUGCUCACUUGGACUUCGUGCCUUCGCACAGCCGCGUGGCCGACACCACGGCAGCUGCAGAGGAGACUGGCGGCAGCCUCUCCACCGAGAAGCUAGGGCCGCAAGAAGCAGAUUCCUGUCUGAGCCGUUGA